UCGAUAGCCACUGCGACGAUCUUGCAGACCCGCAAGGACUUGCCGGAUCGCGUAAAGAUGCUUGAUUUCGCACCGAGGCAAGGUGCAACGAGUGGCUUUGUCGAUCGCAGUGGACCUGGCUGUGGUUUCCUUUCCAAGCGGAGGUGAUAAGGUCCGAUGAUGCAGCAAAUAUUUAAAUAGCGUCUGGUCUCCCGCAGAUCGUGAGCCGGCUUGUUGUGCACCGUCGUUUAAAAUGUUCUUUCCGUCGGUCUCACUCUGGGCAUUGGGUCUCUUGGCUGUUCAGCCGGGAACUGCCCUUGUGUCGCACCCUCCUAGGAGCCAAGAGGGGACAUGCAAGAAGACCACGGUCGCUAUUUUGGGAGGUGGGAUGGCUGGAAUUUCGGCUGCAGAAAUUCUAUCAAAAGAGUCUGUCGACGACUUUCUCAUUCUCGAAUAUCGCGAUCGAAUCGGAGGCCGCGCAUGGCAUGAGAAUUUCGGAAAGGACAAAAAUGGCAAGCCUUAUGUGGUGGAAAUGGGAGCCAACUGGGUGCAAGGACUGGGUAGCCCCGAAACUCAUGAAAAUCCCAUAUGGACCCUAGCGAAAGAGUUUAACCUCUCCACAACAUACUCUAACUACAGCAACGUGUCAACGUACAACGAACACGGGUUCAAGGAUUAUUCUCAUCUGCAGGAUGAAUACGAUGCGGCCUAUGACAUCGCGACUCAAAGAGCGGGAACCAUGCUCAAAGACAACCUGCAGGAUCAAUCGGCGAAGUCGGGACUGGCAUUGGCCGGAUGGAAGCCCAAGUCGGAUGAUAUGGAGGCGCAGGCUAUUGACUGGUGGAGCUGGGAUUUCGAGGACGCGUACUCUCCGUUGGAAAGCUCGCUGGUAUUUGGAUGUGCAGGCGACAACCUGACUUCCAAUGGAUUCAGUGAUCAUGACAACUUCGUGACGGAUCAGCGUGGACUCAACCACAUUGUCAAGGGGAUGGCGUCCCGGUUCCUUCGUCCAAAUGACACCCGUCUCCAUCUCAACACUCAAAUCACGAACAUCACCUACAGCGACGAUGGCGUCAUCAUUUCGAAUCGUGACGGCAGCUGCGUGGAAGCCGCAUACGCCAUCUGCACCUUUUCCCUCGGUGUUUUGCAAAAUGACGCGGUGACCUUCCACCCCGAACUGCCUGACUGGAAGCAGACCGCCAUUCAGAUGUUCACCAUGGGCACAUACACGAAGAUCUUCCUGCAGUUCAAUGAGACCUUCUGGCCCACCGAUACUCAGUACUUCCUAUACGCCGAUCCCAACACCCGCGGCUGGUAUCCCAUUUUCCAGUCUCUCUCCACGCCGGGAUUCCACCCGGAAUCGAACAUCAUUUUCGUCACGGUCACUAACGAGUUCGCCUACCGUGCCGAACGCCAGUCGGACGAAAAGACCAAAUCCGAGGUCAUGGAGGUGCUGCGGAAGAUGUUCCCAGACCGAAACGUGCCGGACCCCACCGCAUUCAUGUAUCCGCGAUGGAGCACCGAGCCAUGGGCAUACGGCAGUUACUCCAACUGGCCAGCUGGCACUACCCUGGAAAUGCACCAGAAUCUGCGCGCGAAUGCCGACCGGUUGUGGUUUGCGGGCGAAGCGACGAGUCCGACGUAUUUCGGCUUCUUGCACGGCGCCUGGUUCGAGGGACAACACGCCGGACGACAGAUUGCGCGCCUGUUGGAUGGAUGUAAAGGCAAUGGGACGAAGUGUGGGCCAAGGAAACAUUACGAGACGCUUCAUGGAACGACUCCGCUUGCUGACUACACCGUUGUCAAUGGGUGGGAUGGAAAUAGCUUUGUGGAUAACAACGUAGACUAGAGAAAGCCAAACUUAGCAUUAUAAAUAAGAAGCAUGCAUCCUGUUUUGAGUUUGAGCUUG